UGGCAGCGGAGAGCACCGAGUCAGUUGGUGUAGAGACUUCACCAAGUGCACCCGCCUCUGUGUCUAAUGUCAGCCCGUCCCGAGCUGUCAAUCGAGGUCGACGCGUCGUCGGUACACACGCGUUAUUCGACAUUCUAUGCAUUUAAUACAUGAAAUCAUCAUAAGAUAUACAUCUUCACGAAUCGCGAAGUAUAAAAUGUCGAGGCGAGACACUGUAAGGCAGAUUCCCUUGUAGCAAUUGAAUUCUGAAGUAAACUAAAAGCAUCAGUACACAUUUUGCAGCAUCCGAAUUUAUUUAUUACUCGAUAAAUAUUGUACGCCAGUGUUCUUAGUGGUUUUUUCAUGCUCUAAAUGACAAUUUUGACGAUUACUGACUGCUGUUGGAGUUAAUUUUAACAAGUUUUUUCGGUUCUUUGUUUUGUGGAUUCAUGCCUUCUCCACCUGCAAUGAUGUCGUACGAUUACCCUCAUCCGGUUUCGAGAACGUACCAAUACAAGAAGAUAACGAAGCCGCUUUUGGAAAGGAAGAGGCGAGCGCGAAUAAACCGUUGUCUCGAUGAACUCAAGGAUCUCAUGGUGGACGCUUUGGAGACCGAAGGCGAGAACAUCAGCAAACUGGAAAAGGCGGACAUCCUCGAGCUGACAGUGCGUCACCUGCAGAAGCUGCAGGCUUCGCGGUCCUCCGGAUUAUCGACGACGGUGGCGAACGGCGACGAAAUCUCCGCGGAGAGCCGCUGGCAGUCCGGCUUUGGGCAUUGCGCGGCGGAGGCCUGCAGAUUUCUCUCGUCGCUGCCGGGUGAGGCCGCGGAAAGGCUGGCAAGACACCUCGCAGCUGGUCUUCAAACGAGCCGGCAAACAAAUUCAUCGCCGAAAGUCAACCUGUUGUCGCCUACCCUGGCCAAUCUGGAUCGCAUCGCCAGCGUCGUGGCACCUUGUCCAGUCGGCACCUCUGGCGAAAUUGACUCGGCGAUACUCACCGCAAGCACGUCGCCGAUAAGAUCCACGCCUCAUGCCGAUAAAACUGUCAACGAGACGUGCGAUGCGGGCGCAUCGACAACAACCAUUUCCUUCAUACCUCAGACCUCAAUAUCGCUCGUUAAGGCCGAUGAGAAAUUAACAGCAAAUUGCAGCGCCAAACCGAAGAGUCUGAGGGACCGGCGGCCAACAACCACCACCACGACGACGACGAGGAACAAAACGAACGAUCCACAAAACAUUAACGCCGAUGACGAUGAAGAAAUCGACGNCGAGCGCGUGGACGAGCGCGACCCGAUGUGGAGACCGUGGUAGCGCGCGAAUACAUUUUACAAUAAUAAGCGGACGAUGAGAUGCAUUCCUUAUACAGACUGUCUCGGAACUUAUUUUCAUCUGCAUGUGUCUUUAAAUUUGAAAUCGAUUUCUUUUCAAUGAAAAUGCAUUGUAUAUUUACAAGUGGCUAACAGUAACAAAAAAAAACAGUAAUUGAAGUUUAUUCUACGGUUAAUCGCAAAUUUUUAUAUAUUAUUUGAGCGAUAUUUUAAUUUAAGAACUAAUUAAAAACUGGUGAUAAAUUUAGUAUUGCGUUAUAAUAUUAUGUUUAAAUAUAAAAUGUUUUAUAAUAAAUUGUGUUAUUAUAAAAAAAGGUGAAACAUCAGAAACAGCGAUAAUAAAAGAAUUUUUAUUCGAGAUUAAGUAACUUUGUGAGAGAUAAUUUUGUUAAAGUUCAAUUUGGAUUUUUUUCGUAUAAAAAAUUGUUUCUCCGAUAUGAUUAGUUAAGUAUUACUUGCGAUAAUUUUUGAUGACAUAUAUAACUUUAUAGAUUAUUAUUAUGUUUGUUCGCUAAUAUUCUCGUUGUAUUAAAUGCUGGUUGCAAUGUAUACCAUAAAUAUACCAAUAGAAAUCGAUAAAGAGAUUACUGAUAAAGUUACGUAAUAUUAAUAAUCUUACGUUAAUUUUAUGUUACUUUGGUACUUGGCUUUAAAUCGGUAGAUAAUAGUUUAUUUUUAGAUUAUUACUUAGACUUGUGAUAUGUCAAAGUGAUUUUUUUUACUGUUCAAAUAUUUUAAAGAGCAAAUAAUUAAUAUCGGCAUUUUUACGAUCUAC